AAGAAAAAAAUGAUGAAUAUAGAAUAGACCACAGGCGGUGGGAGGCUUAGCACACCGAACGAAUCCCUUUUGCUCGCAGGUCGCAGCUAAAUAUUGUAGAAAUCAAUCUCUCAUUGCUCGAUUUUUCCCAAAGCAUGAAGCCAAAAACAUCGGUGAAUCGACCUCCCACGCCAGAUGUGCUGGAAAAUCCUCCGGAAAGGGAGCCCACGCUCCAAGAGCUCAUAAAUAUCAAGUUGAUCGAAACUGGAGAGAAAGAACGGCUGAUGGAACUUUUGAGGGAAAGACUUGUAGAAUGUGGUUGGAAGGAUGACAUGAAAGCUCUCUGCAGGGCUUUUGUUAAGAAGAAAGGGAGGAAUAAUGUGACUGUCGAUGAACUGGUUCAUGUUAUCACUCCAAAGGGCAGAGCGUCAAUUCCGGAUUCUGUAAAGGCUGAGCUGUUGCAAAGAAUUCGCACAUUUAUGUCUGCAGCACUAUAAUCUCUAACGCUGCUCGGUUAGUGUCUUGGGAAAUGAUUACUGAAGGUUACUAAUGGAACUCAGAAGGCAUGACAACCAUUGCAUGUUAGGCUUCUCUAGAAAAUGUAUAAAAACUCAUGUGCCCCUUUCGUCAUGGAUCUAAGAAAUCACAUUUGAUGCAAUAGGUCUUGUUUCAUCGUUAACGAUGAAAUGUGAAUCUGUCAUACUAGGGAAAAAAUGGAUGUAUACAUCAGAUGAGUAUACAUCUGCAUUAUGUCUUACGAUGUGUAUAAUACUACCUCCAAUCGUAAUUAUAAAAUCUCAUUUAUAGACUACAAACGAGGUCUUAUAAUUAAGACCGGAGGUAUCAAUCUAUUAUUUUUCUGCCCCAUGAUAUUACAAAU